UUACAAAUAUCGCAAUGAUAGUCUUUUGUUCUAUAUUUUCUGUGCGUGUCUAUGUGAAUAGCAAGACCGCAUCGGUCGUGGCAUCUUUUACCACAAAUAUCGCAAAUUAAUUUAUUAUACCGACAACUGUGAGCUUUUAAACUUUCUUCUGACAUGUAAACUUGUUUACAUGUUGUACAGGAAUAAUUUUUAUCUUCAUGAAUGUUCAAAAUGUGGCGUUGCAACGAGAUCUUAUUGAAAAAUUUUUUUUACAAAUUUGACAUUGAAAAUUCUUUGAUUUAUGUUCUUUACGCUUAUUCGUAGGCAAAGCAGCUCCAUAUCG